UCAACUGGCAACACCUUAAUACUCGCCAUUUUGCGAGAAUGUCAGCCAAAUCAUCAUCUCGCGUUUAUCGUUAAUUUUUAUUUAAUUUAACAAAAUUUUAACGUUAAACUGCUUUAAAAACGCGACAUAUAGGAAAAGUUCAGUGAAAUGGAUCGUUUCAUAAGUAUGUGGAAAGUCAGGGAGCUGGCGGACAAGGUGACGAACGUGGUGAUGAACUACACGGAGGUGGAGGGCAAGGUCCGGGAGGCGACCUCGGACGAGGCCUGGGGUCCCACCGGCCAACAGAUGCAGGAGCUGGCGCUGGCGACCUUCACAUACGAACACUUCCCGGAGGUCAUGUCUAUGUUGUGGAGGAGAAUGUUACAUGACAACAAAGCGCAUUGGAGAAGGACUUACAAGUGCCUCCUCCUCCUCAGCUACCUGGUGAGGAACGGCUCCGAGCGAGUCGUGACCUCGGCCAGGGAACACAUCUACGACCUGAGGUCGCUGGAGAACUACUCCUUCGUCGAUGACUUGGGCAAGGACCAGGGCAUCAACAUAAGGCACAAGGUCCGCGAGCUGAUCGACUUCAUCCAGGACGACGACAAGCUGCGGGACGAGAGGAAGAAAGCCAAGAAGAACAAGGACAAGUACAUAGGAAUGUCUUCGGAGGCUGUGUCUCUGGGCGGGCGGGGAGGUAUGGGCGGCGGUGGGGGACACGGAGGGUGGGGGGAGUACAGUGACAGGGCCGGGGGGUGGGACGACAAAGAUAGAAACGAAGACGACUACGACAGAGAGGACUCGGACGGCGACGACGGACACACCAAACAUAACAAAGAAAACGUGUACCGAGACUCCGAGGUGAUAGACGAGUGUCCCGUCCCGGCCCGGGACAGCGAGUACACCUCCAGGACGCUCAACAUCAGUCUGAGGAGUCCCGCCAGGAACAAGCAGAGCACGCCCGUCAAGAAGAUAGACCUGGGAGCGGCGGCCAACUACGGCAAGACUCCCGGGGCUCCCCCCGCCCCCGCGGUGACGCCCGGCCCGCCCCUCACCUCUGGGACCCAGCAGUCACAGGAGCUGCUGGACGAGUUGUUCAAGACCUGCGCACAAACAGACAACACGCCGGCCGGAGAGGACGACUUUGACCCCAGAGCUGACGAGCCUUCAAGCAGACCGGUGAAGAACGAUGACUUUGGAGAUUUCAGCACAGCCUUCAGCGGAAACGGAAACGACGAGGGGUUCGCCGACUUCACCAGCGCCUUCCACAACAAUAACACGCAGACAGUUUCAGCUCCCACCUCCAACCUCCAACUCCUGAGUGAGUUGUCCCCUGCGAUGCCCAGUUUGACCCCCGGGUUGACCCCUGGACUAGCUCCGGGCCUGACCCCCGCCCUCGACCCCCUCUCCUCGCACUUCGACAGCGCUCUCAAUAUAACAGAUGGUGACCGACCGACACACAGCGACCGGCUCAGGGCCGAGAUGAAGAAGCUGGUUAACAUACUACACGUGAUGGAGAGGAUCAAGAGCGAAGGAGACGUGGCCGACGUGAACGGAAGGAUACAAGUCAUAAAGAGAUACCUCCCGGGGCCCGUCACCGUACAGAAGCUGUCCAGGUGUGACAGCAGGCUCAUAGAUCACGAGGCCUUGGAGGUGUUCUCCCAGCUGCUGGGCAGCAUCGUCCGGGUUCUGUUACCUCAUUGGCCGGAGUUCAGGGACGAAGUGGUGUAUCUGUUCACGGUGGAGGAAGGCUUCGACGUUAGUAACGAGAUACUCACUAACCUGUGCGGGUAUGUCAAGGAGGACAGGAACGACGUGGUGCUGGAGGCUCUCGGAUAUGUGACGCUCAAGUUCGCAAAGAGCGACGCCGUGCUGGCCUCCAUAAUAGACUGCAGUGUGGCCGGAGAAGACGUGAGGCUCAUGACAGACUGGGAGGGCUACGUCCAGUUACUGACAACGCUACCCGAGAGGAUAGCCAACAGACUGGAGAUCAAGACUCCGAUAGAGUUCUCUCACGAAAACUACUCGUUCAUCCUCCUGUUCCAAGUGAUCCGCUCCGUGGACUACAUGUGUCAGAGCAACUUCUACCAGGGAACCCUGUAUAAUUUAUCCUAUUUAUCGUACCUGGUGUCCAAAUAUGUCGUGUACUAUAUAAAGACGGAGGCCGUUCUGAAAUUGUGCGACAUGUUGAUCGCCUGGACCGACGACAACAACGACGAUCCCUACAGGUUCGUGAGGAGGAAGCUGAUUCAGACGGUGCUGAAUAAACUCAGCAGACAGGCGAUCGACAAGCUGGCGCUGAUCCUGCUCAAGAGAUGUCCGAUCGUAUACAGCUCAAAAAUCCAGCCGAUUAAAUUAUUAUUAGGGAAUAACCUGGAGCUGAACAAGGACUGGCAUGAGAUACUCACCUUCAGGAUACCGUUCUACGUGCAUCCUCAGAACUUCAGGGACACCACCAUCCCGGAGAACCUGGUUUACUACAUUGCUACCACCAAGAACGCCCUGGACAUACUCACCAACCUGAUAGUGACGCUCGCAAAGACCUGGGCCGACGUUCAUCUCAACAACGUCAUCAACAUAGACCACCACAUGCACACCUCGGUGCUGCUCGUGCUGGCCAUCAAGUACAGGAUCAUAAUGUGGAGGCAGAGGAAGGGCGUCUGGAACCUAAUCGAAAUAAAGAGGAUGCUAUACAAGGGGAUGUCCAAGCAUCUAGACAUACUCACCACGGAGUUCCGCUGUGUGGGGAUGGCCACGGUCGAGAUAGUCUGCAAGAUGCUGGUCGAGGUGGACGACUCCGACCGCGCGGCUGUGGAGAGACUCAACUUCGAGUUCAACGAGUUGGGGCAAGUGUGCGUCGACAUCUACAACACGCUGGUGACCAUAACCAACAAGUGCGUGCUGGACGACCGAGCCAAGCCACCCACAGCCGAGCGGAGGCUCAUCGACGCCCAGCAACUGAUGGACGUUAUAGCGGAGAAGGUCACGGACCACGUCGAGAAGCCCGUCCAGAACACGAUAGUGACAUGCGCUGUCAAGGGACCCCAGCAGACCAAGGAGAUCGUCAAAACCAUCAUAUCCGCCAAACUCGACGCUCUCAAGGGCGGCAGGAACCUGGACCUGGACUCCGACGACGACUUGCAGCCCUACGACAUGACCAACGACGUCAGCGUCGCCUCCAAGAAGAAACCCAACUACCUGAGGGAUCUGUUAGAGGUGGUCCGGGAAGCCAAGGAUCAGGAGUCCUUUGAGGCCGCGCUCACCUCGGCAGAGAAUCUCGUGAAGAAGCAACUGAAGCACGAAGACGGGAAGCUCGCCAUCGAGCUGUUGGACCUGUUCGUGCACCUGGAGGAGAAGUACCACGUGGACAAGUUCAAGAGUCUGAAGUUCAACACGGCAGUGGCCAUCGUAUGCAGCCAGCCCAGGGUGUGCGCCGAGCAUCUGUGCAAGGAGGUGCACAGCGACAUCGGCCGCUACUCGAUAUCCACCAAGAUAUUCAUGUUGGACGUGUUCACCGAGGCGGCCGAGAGGAUCGCCGACAUCAAGACGGACCCCUCGUACGAGAUACACAAGAAGGCCGAGAUCAUCAUCGAGGCCAAGGAGCUGCCGCGCGACGAGGUGCUGAGGCGGAGGCUGCUCAAGAAGACCAAGUUCAUACACUCCAAGCGCGCCCACCCCUUCUCCAAAGCCAAGAAGAACCAGUUCGCCCCCGUGUCGGAUUACUUCUUCUACCCGCUCAUUGCCGGCUUCGGCUACCGCCAGCUGACGCUGAGCCACCACAACCUGAAGCAGGACAUCGACAACCUGCUGCUGCUGCGCUACCUGUCGGCGGUGGGCAGCGUGGUGCUGGCCGCCAAGAACUGCCCCAAGUGUCCCGUGUACUGCCGCGAGAUCCUGCAGAUGGUGCUGUUCCUGCGCUUCACGCCGCACCCCGAGCUGCAGCUGUGCGUCAUAUCCAUCAUCGCGGCCAUCGCCCUCGCCCUGCCGCAGUCCAUGCUGAAGGGCGAGUUCUACGACGUGAUGAUGGAGCUGUGCUCGUGGGUCAUCGACUUACUGACGCACGCCGACCUCUCGCACCGCCUCGGCGGACCCAAAUCCGAGGCCACCGUGUUCGCCGGAGAAGUGUUGCAUCUCAUACAAAGCGCUAUGGGCGAGUGAUCUGCUGCAGCGCUAGGUUUAAUAUUAGGUGUUAAGUUAAGAUAGUCUCCAGCGCCCCCAGCGGGCGCGUCGUCUCCACCGAGCUAGUGUUAGUCGCGUUCUGUGCCGUCGCCAUAUACAAUGUUACGGUUUAAAUAAAUUUUGUCGAUCUCA